UGUUCGUACGUGCCUCCCUGUGAACGAGACAACCAGAAGAACCGAGACAGCGUCCUGUGGUGGGAGGACUACUUCACCCGGGAGGUGAGCAGCCAGGUCUUCACCUGCUUCUUCAACCAGCAGCGCAGGCCGGACGACGUGUUGUGGCGGCGUUCCCACGACACCAGCGUGCUGCUGCACUGCGUCCUGUGGCCGAUGGUUUCUCUUCUGCUCGGCACGCUCAUCGUGCUCCUGACCGUCUGCGCUCGAUCCCUCGCCGUCCGGGCCGAGGCGCUCCAGAAGAGGAAGUUCUCCUACGAGGUCUGCCAGGAUCUCUCGGCCUCCGGGUCCUCGGAGCGCCGCGGACACAAAGCCGAAGACCCGCUAACGAGCUCUGACCCCGAAACGUCUUCUUCUCCGACUCGAACCCUGCCUCUGUUCGCUGUUCCGGUGCGACGUCGAGAUCGGGAACACUGAGACAGAAAACGGGAAGUUUGUUUUGAAUUUAAAUCAGGAUGCUUAGUUGUAAAGCCGGUGGGCGAAGACAGCUAACGUGCUAACGACGACGCUAACUUAUCAUGGGUUGAAACAAAGAAAUCUGACGCGAGGAAGAUGAUGGGAAAACCACGGGAAGAUGUUCCUCUGGAUUCAAGAUGCUGUUGAGUUCUGUGAUGUAAUCAGCAUUUCUUAUCCGCUUGCUGCAGGGAUGAUGUGGUUGUUCUGUGCUGGACCCAGGGGCCCCAUGAAAAGAUAUCACUUUGGUUACUUAAACAUUUUUUUCUCAAUGUUCUAAAAUAGUUUGGGCCCCUGUCAGUCACGGGCCCUUAGAACCGCCCUAACCUUUCACCCCCUUGCGGCGCCCCUGGCUGGACCCUGAGGGUUUAGGACUCACGCUCACAGUCUCGUUGUUGCUCUGAUGGUACGAUGAAUUUAAUGUCAGGAAAAGUGACUUCAAUGUAGCGCUUCUAUAAAUGUCGUUUUCCCUUCGAGGCCCAGUAGCCAUGAUGUAAAUAAAUAGCGAGCCAAAGUCCUGACGUCCUGUAACUCUAGAAGUAGAGCUGCAACCACAGACCAGUAAUACACAACUAUAAUGUCAUUUAAUGCAAACAUGUCACUCGCAUAUGAAGACAUGGAGUUAUAUAUCAUCACAACGAGACAUUUAGAAACCUAAUGCUGGACUUUGAGAAACUAGGAUGGAAGUUUUUUUUACAAUUUCUCCCGUUUUCUGGAAAGAUAUUUGGCAGAAUAUGAAAUGAUGAGUUGCAGCUCUACUUUAAAGACUCAAUGCAAUCUUUCAUUAAGGGUUUCUUCCAUCAGUCUUUCUUGGAGAACGUACUUUGUUUAAUUUAUUAUGUGUUUUACUUAUUUUUGAGGGGACCCCGCUACCUUUUCCAUUUCUACUUCCAAAAGAAAGUAUUAUUUUCUCAUUCGCUGUUUCUUUGCUUAUAAUUUGCUAUUUGAUUUUUUCUCACAUGUUUAUUUAUUUUGCAGAAUAACUAACGGUAUCAUUAAUGAAUGAAUAAUAUAACUAAAAAGUCCCUUCCUCAGCUACAGUAAUGUGAUCAAAUUAAUGAACUAAGUAGUAGAUUAAAACACUCAUGUUGCACUUUAACAUUUGGCACAG